CCCUCGUCUUCACACUUCUCUUAUUAAAAAAACACACAAAGAGAGAGAGAGAGAAACACAUAGAGAUGAGUUUUGAUUUGAAAGGGUUUGUUUCUCUUGAAUCAAUGUCUUUAACCUGCGGUGUCUUCUUCUUCUCCUUCACCCUCAUUUUCUCCCUCUUCUCGUUCCUCCUCUUCAUCUCGCGGAUGAAGCCCUGGUGUAACUGCCACACCUGCAAGAGCUACUUAACUUUCAGCUGGUGCGCCAAGUUCCCCAACCUCUGCGACUGGUACACGCACCUUCUGCGAAACUCCCCCACGGGAACCAUCCACGUGCACGUGUUGGGGAACACCAUAACAUCAAACCCAGACAACGUCGAGCACAUUCUCAAGACAAAUUUCCAAAACUACCCCAAAGGGAAACCCUUCUCCGCCAUCCUCGGCGAUCUUUUGGGCAAAGGAAUCUUCAACGUGGACGGCGAGUCAUGGAAGUUUCAGCGCAAAAUGGCGAGCUUGGAACUCGGAAGCGUCGCGAUUCGCUCCUACGCGAUGGAGCUCGUGAACCAAGAGAUCCAGACGCGCCUCGUCCCUUUCAUGGAGUCAAAAACCACUGCAAACGCGGUUUUUGACUUGCAAGACAUCCUCAGAAGAUUCUCUUUCGACAACAUUUGCAAAUUCUCCUUCGGUCUCGACCCGGGCUGUCUCCUUCCGGCGUUGCCGGUGUCCGACCUCGCAGUGGCGUUCGACUUGGCGUCGAAGCUUUCCGCGGAGCGCGCCAUGACGGCGUCGCCGUUUGUUUGGAAGGCGAAGCGGUUCCUCAACGUGGGGUCGGAGAAGAGGCUGAGGCGAGCCAUCGGCGUGGUGAACGACGUGGCUAAGGAGAUGAUACGACAGCGGAGGGAAAUGGGGUCCAACUUCAACGCACGAAAUGACCUUCUCUCGCGCUUCAUGGGCUCCAUAGACGACGACGUUUAUUUGCGAGACAUUGUCGUGAGUUUUCUUUUGGCCGGUCGCGACACGAUUGCCUCCGGGUUGACGGGCUUUUUUAGUUUGCUGUCGGGAAGCCCGGAUGUUGAGGCUUUGAUCCGGGAGGAGAUGGGCCGGGUGGUGGGCCCGGCCCAGGAGUUUCCGAGCUUUGAGCAGUUACGCGAAAUGCAUUACCUCAGCGCGGCGAUUCACGAGAGCAUGAGGCUGUUCCCGCCGAUUCAGUUCGAUUCCAAGUACGCUAGCGAGGAUGACGUGUUGCCAGAUGGCACUUUCGUACGGAAGGGGAGUAGAGUUACGUAUCACCCCUACGCUAUGGGCCGGAUGGAGCGGAUUUGGGGGCCCGAUUGUUUGGAUUUCAGGCCCGAGAGGUGGUUGCGCGAUGGGGUGUUCGUGCCAGCGUGUCCGUUUAAGUACCCGGUUUUUCAGGCUGGGGUAAGGGUGUGUUUGGGGAAGGACUUGGCUUUGAUGGAGAUGAAGUCCGUUGCGGCUGCGUUGGUCAGACGGUUUGAUAUCCGGGUUGCGGAGCCGGCUCAGGAGCCCCGAUUCGCGCCCGGUUUGACUGCAACCUUGAGAGGCGGGUUGGCGGUUCGGGUUUGUGAGAGAAAAUGUUGAAUCCAAUAGAAUAGAGAAUUACUUUGUAGUAGGGGAGAAACUGGUUUCAUGUAAAUAAUGUCGCUUUUAAAUUAAACCCUUUUUUUUUCACUAAUGGAUAAUUUGCAUUUACUAUAUAUUAUUUAUCCAGUUGAGGAAGUUGGUAUUUUUGGA